UUUUGCUCCUGACACACUCAUUCUUACUUUAUCAGCUUCUGGCUGGGCGACAGAUUCACGAUAACAUGCGUUCUUUCAGGGGAACAGCAGCACCGUAGACACUGCUGAGACAAGGACGGAGGCUCUGACACUCCCGCUACACCAGAUGCUAACGGGAGGUGUGUAAAUGUGUCUCUACUAGAAAAAGAGAGAUGACCGAAGAGUAUUGUGGAGUGAAGUUUGAGCUGGAAGAGAUCAAGUCUCUGCCAGGAACUUCAGAGAACUCCGAGUCAGAUGGAGAAAUCUACGAAAAUUUAAAAGACUUUAAUGGUGUAACCAGAUCACCGUCUUUACAGGGGGACAUGGAUGAGUGCCGUGUCAUGCUGUUGGGUCGCAGAGGAGCAGGAAAGAGCUCGGUGGGUAACACCAUCCUGGACUUCCACGCCUUUAACACGGACAUGCAGCUGGCCAGGGUCACGCAGUACUGCAAAAGGAUGCAGGGCAACAUCGAAGGCAGGCCAGUUGCCGUGAUCGACACCCCAGGGCUGCUUAAAACUAAGCGCAUGGAGAAGGAGGUGAUCAGAGAAAUCCUGAAAUCUGUCUCAUUGUACAAGCCAGGACCCCACGUGUUCCUGCUGGUUCUUCCUGUGGGUAACCUCACCAAUGAGGACAAGGACAUGCACAAGCUGAUCGAGAGCAUGUUUGGGAAAAGCAUCUGGAUGUACACCAUUGUCCUCUUCACGCACGGAGACCGCCUGGAGGGGAAGACACCGAAUGAUGUCAUCGCCAGCUCCGACAAGGAUCUACGGGACUUCAUCCGCAAGUGCAGCGGUGGAUUCCUGUUCUUCAACAACAAGAACACAGAGAACCGCGAGCAGGUGUCCAAACUCCUGGAGAAGGUGGAGACUUUAGUGGCCAUCAAUGGCAGAGGCUGCUACACCACAGCACUGUACCCUCCCACCGAGAGGAAGAUACGAGAGAAGCAAGAGAGGAUCCUGGAGGAAAGACAAGAGGACAUUCUGAGGAAGGAGCGAGAGCUGGCGGAGAAUUUCUAUGAUGAAGAGGAGCUGGAGAAGCAAAAGCGACAGCUGUGGAGGGAGGAGGAAGAGGACGCAAGGAUGCAAGCAGAGAAUAACCAAAAACGUAAUAUCAGCCUGGCGAGGACUCACACUUUUAGCACCACUAAACUCUCUGCAAUUUCCAAAUGAAAUAGCCUGUCUAUAGGGGAAAUUCACACAAUAACCAUCACUGUACACAUGCCUACAUUUUCCUGCAGUGGCCUUUAUUUAUAAAAUUGAGAUAAUCGAGGAUAAAUGGACCCAUUAUAAAACAAAAAGCACUUUGGGAAAAUGUAUAUCCCCCUUCACUAGUGAUGGCACAACACAAUGAGAAUGAAGACUAGCACAUGCCCCCUCUGACACGUAAAAUCAGCCGUUUUUUUCUAACAUUGCUGAGAAGCAUCACAGCGCGCAAGGAGGAAAGCACAGUAACUCAGUUCUGAUACAUCAGUCUGAUAAAUCAGCUCACAGAUGCCUUGUGCUAAUUGACAUCACCUUUUGGAGUGAUGAGGAGAAAGAGCGGCAUCUACCCAACCAAAAAGAGCAAGCCAAUUGUGCUCUCUCAAGGCUUUGGCAGCUGAUAGCGAGCUAUAUGACCAGGAUACGAACCAGCGAUCUCCCGAUCAAAUUAAAGUCUACAACUGAUUUUUCUUUGAAAUUAUGUUAUGUAAUUAUAUUUCUGGCUCUUUAGGGUCCCCAGUGCAAUCACAUAUAUCUUGUGAUUUUUUUCGUGAAGCUUAAUAAAUGUCUGCAGUAUAUUACCAGCA